GACAGACUAUUCCGUCUAACGUGGUGUAUUGAGAAGAAUAUUUUGUUUAAAGCAAGUCCAAUUAAGGAAAAUGACAAAAUUAAUCUUACUCCUUGUUUUUGCUGGUGCUUCUGCAAUCAUACCAUGGAGAAGCAAUCCAAUACUACCUGGCUAUCCGAUAUUUUUCAAUGCUUGGGGAUCUUUCCCUUACUGUGACACUCUUUAUAAGGAUGAAAAACAAUGCUUUGAAGAUUGUAUGACUGCAAAAGGCUUUGGAGCAAAUAUCGAUCAAGCUAACUACAAGGAACCGGGGGCGUGUCCUCCAACACUGCCGGGAUGUUUUCCUCCUUGGAGACCAACUGCGUGUCAAUGUGCCAGACGUUGUGAAUGUAAACUUGGACGCUGUGAGCAUGAAGAUAACUGUCCCUACUGCCGUAAAAGAUCGUAAGGCUUCGAGAACGAAAUGAGCUUUGCGCUGGUUGAUUGUAACGAGCUGUUUAAAAUAAAUUGUUAAUG